CAUUCACCAAAAACUGGUGGUAUUAUUGCAAUGAUGGAAUAAUUAAAGCAAUCAGCACUCUGGUCAUCGAAUCGUAAGACGAAAUGUUUCAUUUUGUAAACGAAUGAAAAUGGAUACGAUUGUUUGACACUGUGACCGAAAUCAAACCCUAGCCGUUACGGUUGUUAGCAUUGAAGGUUAAAGUGAUGGACGAUAGUGUCAGCGUAAAAUCAAACGAUUCCGCCACGACUAGCGAUGAAUACGAGUUCGUGCCUUCAACAGCCAACAUAGCGAAGGUUCCAUUAAGCCAGAAAAAUGAACAACCUAUAUUGAAGAUUGCCGGAAACGGUGAUGCUGAUCAUUUGCAAAAGUGUUUGGGUGAAAUGUUAUCUGAAGUGGAAACGUGUUCUUUGAAUAGUAAAAUGGAUACGAACAGUUCGUCUAAUGAUAAAAGCUCGCAAAAUUACAGCGACGAAGAACAAUUCGAGCCACUGGCCGAUGUAUGCCAAGAAUGCACCGUGUUCGGAUGCAUAUCGUAUUUGGGAUCUGCUGCCAUUAAUGCGCCGAAAAGCAAAAUUGAAAUUUUACGUAAUAUGGCCAUUUUGAACGAACAGUCUUCGGAUCAUGCUAUCAAAGUGUCCCUAUCGAUACCGAAUUUCGCUGAUGGAGUGGUCGUAUUAUAUGAUGCGAACAACAAUAGCGUUAUGGCCCGUUACGAUGUCCAAAGAAUAACAUUUUUCGCCAACGGGACUCCGAAAUCGGAUGAAAAUUCGUGUUUCGCGUUCACUUAUUUGCACGGAGAUACCGAAGAAACGGCCAUUUUCCAGUGCCAUGUAUUCCGGUGCGAUAUUCCCGAAGCUGUUGGACAAGUAUCGUUGUGUUUUGGUAAAGCUUUUCAAAGACCAUCGAAUUCGUUAGUGGCAUCUUCGGUGAAUAGUGAAGAACUCGACGGGAAUAUGGUUAAUGCGAAAUCCGUCCAAACUUGCGUUUUUGAAGUCGGUCUCGAAGUUAAAGAAGAUGAUGGAAAAGGAAAUUUUAACAAUGUACCAAAGGACAGAUGCGGAUUAAAAUUACGAACAAAUGUAAAAAAGCAAAUUUGUCUAUCCAUCCAGCCGAUUUUUUCGAAUGAAACUGAAUUGGAAAUCGAACGUUGCUUCGGCGUUUUGGUAUGUCCCGGAAAUAACGUCAAACACAGUGAUAUGAAGCUAUUAGAUAUGGUAUCUUUAACCGUAAAAAACGAAGACGACGAGAGUCAGAAAUAUUACGUAAUCACCGGCAAAUGGGAUCCGAAGGAAGCGGCCUUCGAAAGCUUCAACGCCGAAAUGUCCAAAUAUCCGUUAACGGUGGCUGUGGAUUUAGUAAUUAAAAGAAUCAAAGAACCGAUUCGAUUGACCAUCGAAACGCAGGUUAAAAUGUACCCUCAAAAUGAACGUUUCUGGUCUCUGAGCAAAGCGCAAAUCUACCACGAAUUUUGUCUCUAUUUAAAAGAGGUUUGCUCACGUAACGGCAGCUUAGAACGAGGCUAUGAGGUUAUAAAUGUCGAAAGAUCUCGAGAGCUCGAUAAAGGUAUCCUGAAUCAUACGUGGAAUAAUUUCACAAGCUUGAUUCGUUCAGCCAGUACAACGUCGUUAGAAGGAUCGUCCCAGAAAGAUGAAUUCUCAGAUACCGACGAACCUAUAAUUAGCGGUACUGGUAAAGUAUCCAAAGAAUGUUUAGACAAAGAACUUGACCAGUGGAACGAUUUGCUCGCCAAAUGGACCGAUACGAAAACCAGACCGAGAACAUUGACUACGUUGGUACGUCAAGGUAUCCCGGAAGCUCUACGAGGCGAAGUUUGGCAACGUUUGACCAUCAACGAAAAAGAUGACGAGCUUUUGAAUAACUAUAGGAUACUGAUUUCCAAAGAAUGCAGCGCCGAACUAGUGAUCCAAAGAGAUAUCCACAGAACAUUCCCAGCUCACGAUUUCUUCAAAGAUGCCGGCGGCGUUGGACAAGAUACGUUAUUUAAUAUAUCAAAAGCGUACGCUGUAUAUGAUACAGAAAUCGGAUAUUGCCAAGGAUUAACUUUCAUUGCCGCUAGUUUACUUUUACACAUGCCAGAAGAACAAGCUUUCUGCGUUCUCGUUCGAUUAAUGUACGAUUACAAGCUACGUAAUUUAUACAAAGAUGGAUUCGAGAACUUGAAUUUGAGAUUGUAUCAGCUGAGUCGAUUAUUAGAGGAGAAAGAACCUCAUUUAUGGCAGCAUUUCAAAGAAAUGGGCAUCGAAACUCACAUGUUCGCGUCACAUUGGUUCCUGACUCUGUACACGGCGCGAUUCCCCCUGUAUUUUGUGUUCUAUAUUUUAGACGUUGUCCUAGUGCAAGGAUUAGAUACGUUGUUCCAAAUCGCACUGUCUUUGAUAAUCUCGAGUAAAAAAGAAUUACUGACGUUGGACUUCGAGAAUAUCCUUAAAUUUUUCCAAGCUACAUUGCCAAAGAAAUGCCGCAAACAAAGAUACGCCAAAAAAAUCAUCACCAGAGCUUGUAAUAUCAAAUUGAAAAAACUGAAAAAAUACGAAGACGAGUUUAUCGAAAUGAAAGCUAUUCAAGAAAACGCCGAGCAAUAUAAUGAUGAGCUGGAUCGAUUGCAAAAAGUCCUGGCUCGUACUGAAGACGAGAAAAGGAAAAAAUGCGAAGAAUUGAGUCAAGCCAAAGAAGCAUUAUUUUUAGAAAUGCAAAAAAGAGAAGUAGACACGAAACGAGACUCGAAUAUUAUCAAAGAGUAUAAACAAAUUUGCCAACGUCUAGAUAAAGAAUUAAAUGGCACAAAGACAUUGCUUAACGUUUUACAGAAUACGGUUUCACGUUGCGAUAAAUGCAGAUCAUCGAUAAACGAUUCCGAUAGCACGCAGAACGGUCUCCACUCGCCUAACAUUAACAAUAAUAAUAAAGAAGAGAAAGAAGAAGAUGUCAAAUUAUCGAAACAAAAAGAACUCGAAUUAGAAUUAGCUCAAACUAAAUUAGCUCUAGUGGAAGCCGAAUGCAGGAAUCAAGAUCUAACCCAUCAACUGAAUUCGCUUAAAGGAGAAUUACAAGCUAUACGAAACACGUGUCCGCCCUGGCUGCAUAAAACCUUAUCGUCCAUCAAAGAAGUCACCGCCAAUAAGAGAUCGGUGAAUACGCAAAACGUUGCCAAUAAAUUGAUCAGUAUGACGACGAAGCCGGAAUCUAUUAUUAACUAAAGCACCUAACCGACUCUCUUGGAAAAACAAGAGUUGAAAGUAUUCGUUUAUCUUAAUUUAAUUACCUUGCUACAUUAUUAUUGUACUUGCGAAAGCGAUAAAAUUUUCUUAGUUCUAUGAUAAGAGAGUGUAGUGGUGUACAUUUACAAUACCCGGUAUACUCUUUAUUAUUUCUUUCUCUACACGCAUGAUAAUCACUUUAUAGCAUUUGAAAAGUAUUUAUUAAAUUUCUAGUCAGUUUUAAGGGAGGAUAUUCGUAUUUUUUGAUCGGUUAUAAUAAAGUCCCGAAUGUACAACAAUAUGAGGAAGAACGGAAAAAGAUCAUUUUUAUAAAAGCCAUGAGACAUCAUUCGAUUAGUUUACUGUGUGUCUUUGUUGGAUUGAGUGAGGGGGAAAGGUUUAGUGUAGGUACUCGAUUAUAACAAAAUGUUUCUUUCUUUUUUUUUCGUUUAUAUUCUAUUUUCAUUUUGUACGGUAUUCUAUAGAUUUUUGUUUUGUUUUUUUUUUAUUUUUAUUUAUUAUUAUUAUUAUUAUUAUUUUUUUCUUUCGUCGUGACAGUGGAGACAUUAAUUAUUUCGAUGUGUAUUUGUAGUAUAUUAUAACGUUACAUAGUCCUGUUUUUUUUUGUACGAGAUUGUAAUUUUUUCCAAGUUUUUAUUUACCUACCAAAUCCACGAUGUGUUAUUUUUGUUAGUCCGAUAAGAAAACGUUUUGUAAUUUUCGACACAAAUUGUGAACAAAUUUUUUGUUAUUUUUGUAACGCCAGCGAAACAAGUUCAUCACUAGAAAGGCAAUAUGUUUUUACUACUGUUUUAACACCCUACUUGUCCUUUAUAACAUUUCUAACGCCUUGCUUCGUUUAGUUGUAUUUUUAAUAAAUAUUGUUUACGUA